UUAUGACGCAAAAAGAAAAUUUUACAGUGGUGAUUAUAAAUGAAACAAAGACGAGAUCACAUGACAAUAAAUACGAUACUUUCGUUGAUAGUUUGAUUUAUGUAUUCACUCGAAGUGAGAAAGAAUUAAAAUGUGGGUAUGCUUAAAUUGUCACGAGUUUAACAGUCCGGAGAAUGAAAAUUGUUUAGCAUGCCAUACAGCUCGACCACAAUCAAGAACAGGAAGCGCAAAAGGUCGAAGAGAAAACAAAGUUAGCAGCCUCUUUCUCGAUGGUAUUAAAAGGUCUGUUGAUAAGACUGCAGUUGUUCGAACAAGACGACCAGCUAGCGAAGGAACUUUGGAACAACGACAACAAACUGAUGACGUUGAGAAAGUAACAGAACAUCUUGUUCAACAAUUUAAACAUUUGCUUUCAAGUGCACCAAAUGAGCAGAAAUUUACAAGACAUGACUUGGAUAUGUUGCAGAUGACAAGUCAUAUGUUGGUGGCUGCUGUGGACUUUGGUACAACUUAUAGCGGUUAUGCUUUUUCCUUUCGCCAUGAAUUCAAAGACGACCCUCUCAAGAUACAUGCUAACCAAGCCUGGAAUGCUGGAGGUCGAUCUCUUUUAUCUUUAAAAACACCAACAUGUCUGUUACUGAACAAAAACAAAGAAUUUGUGGCGUUUGGCUAUGAUGCAGAGAAUAUGUUUUCUGACAUUGUAAUGGAAGGUGAACAGAACAAUUACUACUAUUUCCACAGAUUCAAAAUGAAACUACAUAAUAAUAAGCAUAUCACAAAUGAAAUGGUUUUAAAAGACAUUUCUGGCAAACAAGUUCUAGCGCUUGAUGUAUUUUCAUUGGCAAUCAAAGCAUUAGUUAAGCAUUUGCUAGAUCUUCUGGAAAAUAGGGGGACUAAUGUAGAGAUGAAAGAUAUACUAUGGGUAUUGACAGUUCCUGCUAUCUGGUCGGAUGCUGCAAAACGGUUUAUGAGGAAUAGUGCUGAAAAGGCAGGAAUUCCAGAAAAUAAUUUGAAAAUUGCGCUUGAACCUGAGGCAGCAUCUAUUCAUUCUCAGUAUCUUCCAACAAAGAAACUAAUUGGAGCUGAAAAACAAGGAUUUACAAUGACAGAGCCUGGAACAAAAUAUAUGGUUGUUGAUCUCGGUGGUGGGACCGCAGAUAUUACUGUGCACAAGAAGCUGUCAAACGGAGGACUAGAAGAACUGAAACAUGCCACUGGUAAUGACUGUGGAGGAACUUCCGUGGAUGGUCAUUUCUUUCAAGUACUUACCCAAAUUGUCGGUGGUCCCCUUAUUAAGAUUUUUGAAGAAGAAGAUCCAGAGGGUUAUUUAGAUCUCUUUCGAGAAUUUGAGGUGGUAAAAAGAACAAUACACCCGAGCAAAACAGGAAAGGUAAACUUCUCGAUUCCAUUUGUGUCACUUAAUGAAAAGUGUAAAACUCACCUAGGUGAAACCCUACCCGAAGUCUUUCUUGCAUCUCCAUUUAAAGAUGAUAUUUCAUUUCGAGGCGAUAAAAUGAGGAUUGAUGUUGAACUGAUGAAGAACAUUUUUAAGCCAUCAAUUGACAAUAUAACAUCCCUCAUACAAUCAGUAUUAGACAGCGAUGCCUUGAUAGAUGUAUCGCAGAUUCUUCUUGUUGGUGGGUUUUCAGAAUGUUUACUUAUACAAGACGCAAUAAAAACGAAAUUUCCAAAUAAAAAGGUAAUAAUACCAGAAGAGGCAGGGUUAUCUGUUCUUAAAGGAGCAGUGCUAUUCGGACAUAGACCAUUCUAUAUUGAGUCACGAAAAAUGAAAUACACCUAUGGCAUAGAAUUGAAGGAUCAUUUUGAUUCAUCUGAACAUGAUAGAAAACGAUUAGUUUUUGUAGAUGGAAUCGAAUAUUGUGAUAAGAUAUUUGAAAAACUUGUUACAAUAAAUGAAACUGUUCCUGUGGGGUCGACAAUUAACCGGUCAUACAGCGCUACUGGGACAACAACCGAAACGGACGAAUUUUCAUUCUUUAUAUCAACAGAUGAGGAUCCGCAAUAUACCGAUGAAGAUAGUUGUUCUCAUCUCGGGACAUUAUCCAUCCCCCUUUCCGAUCCAUGUGAAGGUGGACGACCAAUAACUGCUAUGUUCUAUUUUGGGGGAACAGAAAUAGCUCUAACUGCUACAGAGGUGAAUUCUGGGAUUCAAUAUGAAGCCAAUUUCAAUUUGAUUUGAAAAAAGAAAAUAACAGUGAUGUUUACAAAAAUAUAUACUUUAGAUAAAGUAUUGAAUAAUGAUCACAGAAGUGUCUGAAAUGUUUUACUAUUAAAAUCUAUAUAACAUUC